CAAGUGGCAUCAGAGCUGUAUUAAGGACGUUGAGAGGAGUCUACAGAAGUGUGAAGACCCUUCUAGACCCACCAUGGCCUGUGGGUGUGCCUAAGUGGUGUUCUAAAGGUUGGAUGUGUCUUCCGCUAAGGGAAACUCUGCCGAAAUUUCGUGGACGCCGACACUUGUGAAAAUAUCGAGGGAGCUGAGUGUGGACAGCAAAGAGGGGCUGAAAUUCGUCAUUUCUCAAGGAGAAGAUGAAUGAGAGAGGAGGAGAUGCUAAUGGAAGAGGAGCUGUAGCUGAGAAGACAAGUGAGCCGCCGCCAUCAAAAGUUGAAGCUUUGGAUGGCUCCAACUAUAAGGAAUGGAGCGGACGGAUGAGGAGUGCCUUCAAACGCUACAAGCUACUGAAGAUUGCUGUUGGGGAAGAGAAGAUGCCGGAAGAAGGCGAAGCACGUGAACGGUGGAUUGAGAAAAGCGCGGUGCUUUUCGACCUCAUCCUUCAAUCGGUCAACAAGGAGAUGUUCGAGCACAUCAAGGAUCUUGUGGAAGCGGAUGAUUCGGGUCCAAGGGCGUGGAAACUACUACGCGAUGUGAUUCAGCCCAACACUCUCCCGAUGGUGAUCGUGCUCGAGAAGGAACUUGCUGCCAUCUCCAUGCGACCAGGGGACGAUGUGAAGCCAGUCCUUGACAAGAUCAAGGACACCUAUGCAAGGAUGGCAGCAGCGGGCAGCAGUGUAUCUCAGCUGCAGCAGUGCACCAAGAUCAUCUCGGUGUUGGACAACUCUUGGGACAACCUCAUCCCCACCCUCAACUCUCAGCAAGAUCAAUGGACACCUGAUGGUGAACGCGCACAAGGUGGCGCUGUGCAAGGCUCAGGUGCACAAGGUGAAGGUGCACAAGGUAACGCCUAUCCUGGGAUGUAUCUUAUGGUUGAGGAUGUGCAUGGGCAUGAGGGUGAUGUGGGAUCAGUGGGAAAGGUUGUGAUGCACCCUCUCACACACUGGGUGAUUGAUUCAGGGUGCACCAGUCACAUGACCCCACGGGCAGAUUUGCUUGAUGAGGUAAAACCCCCUGGGAAGAUCAAGUAUGUGGCAGCAGCGUCAGGUGCUUUGCUCCCUGUGAUUGGUGUUGGGAAUGCCAAGGUUAAGGGAGCUAAUGGGGAGCUUGUGGGGCUUGGGAAUUUCUCCAAGUUCCCCUUCAACAGCACUACAGGACCAGCCAAGACCCCACUUGCACUUGUGCACAUGGAUGUGGUGGGGCCCACAAGAGCGCCUUCCCUCUCAGGCAGCCGCUAUUUCUUGACAAUUGUGGAUGACCACACUCGGGCAGUGUGGGUUUACCCUUUGAAGAGCAAGGGGGAGGUGGCAGCGGCUGUCCUUAAGGAGUGGAUGCCUAGAGCUCAGAGGGAAUGCGGAUACAAGGUGAAGGUGAUCCGCAGUGACAAUGGCAAGCCGAAUGUGGUGCAGGCUGGGAGUGUGGUUGAGCAGAUUGAGGAAGAUGAGAUCGCUCACUGCUACUGGGCACCAAUCCCUGAGCCCAAGACUCGAGAGGAGGCCUUGAAUGGACCAAAUGGGGAGAAGUGGAAGGCGAGUGAGGAUGAGGAGUUUGGGUCCCUGAUUGAGAACGAGACAUGGGACCUGUGUGACUUGCCUCCUGGAAAGAAGGCAAUCACUUCCAAGAUGAUCUACAGGCACAAGUAUGGACCUGAAGGGGAGCUGACCCGAUACAAGUCUAGGCUUGUGGCACGGGGGUUUCAGCAGACAAAAGGGAAGGACUAUGAUGAGGUAUUUGCUCCUGUGGGGAAAGGAACAACACUGAGGGUGCUGUUGGCGAUAGCUGCACUCCUGGGAUGGAAGAUACGGCAGAUGGACAUUGUGACUGCCUUUCUGAAUGGGAUCAUUCUGGAGGAGGUGUACAUGAAGCAGCCAGAGGGGCUGGAUGAUGGGAGCGGCAGGGUCUGCAGGCUGAAGAAGGCAAUCUAUGGCCUUAAGCAGGCGCCUCGUGCAUGCGCAGAGCAGAUGCUGGAGAUGCAGUUCAAGUGCUCCAAGAUGGGUGAGGCGAAGUACUACUUGGGGAUGCAUGUGGAGAGAGAUGUGGAAAAGGGUGUGCUGAGGUUGCACCAGAGGAAGUACUUGAAAGCGGAUGGCACCAGCAUUGGGGGUUAUGUGUGCUUGCUAGGAGGUGGUGCUGUGAGCUGGCGCAGCAAGAAGCAGAAUGAGGUGGGAUUGACUUCAUGUGAGACUGAGUACAUGGCCUUACACCAUGGGGCCAAGGAAGUGGUAUGGCUGAGGCGUUUGUUGGAGGAGUUGGGAGUUGGUCAGGAGGAGCCGACAGUUGUGUUCUGUGACAAUGAGUCUGCUGUGAAGCUCGCCAAGAAUGCUUGUCUGCAUGGGCUGACAAAACACAUAAGGCCUAAGUGGCACUGGCCAGAGGGGGAGAUUGUUGUGUGAUGUCAUCAUAUGCUAUCACAUUCUGUCUGCCUCCCAUCCCAUAUUUUUUUCAACUUGCAUGUGUGGUUUGAACGUGUGCAAGAAUUUGUGUGUGAUGUGUUCUGGAGUUUGGGAAUGUGUUUUGUGUUAUUUUGUUUGAGCAGGUUUUUUGUGAUGAUAGAUCUUGAGAAGAUCUUUCCGACGCAACGAGAAUCCCUUCAAUCGGAGCAAGAACGCGAAAGCUAUGAAGAUUCAAAGUUCAUGAGCUUGCGUUACAAUUGCGGCGGUUACAAAGUGAAGUUGUGGGGUGACUCUAUAUGGAGUUGGGACCUUUGGGGUUGGGGAAACUUGUCACUCUACUGUAACAGCUGCAAAUUGGUUGGGAACAACCAAGCUAGGUUGGCAAGGGUGGCCAACUUGGAUGGAUUGGUUGGGAAGGGACAAAUGUCAAAGUUGGGGUUCCUAUAGGGAGGGAAUCUUUGUGCUUAUGGGGUUUCCUUGGUUGGGGACUCUCUUGGGACCUUCCCUCUCAUCCCUCUCUUCCUAUCCCAACCUUUCUCUUGCUCCUUCUAAUUCCUUGUGAGAUUCUUGAACUUUCAUUGAACUCUUGAGAUUGAGUUAAGUUC